AUGGACAGUUCGAUUUAUGGAAUUUCUUGGUCUAGAGAUUCAUCACUGGUUGUGUCUGUAGCGAGAGGAGGAAAUUUAGCAUUUUGGAGAACUAGAGAAAAUAAGAAAAUCGCUGAAAUGAUGGUUUUGGAUUAUUGGACAAUGUGCUGCAGUUUAAGUCCUUCUGGAAGGUUGAUAGCAACUGGAGGAACCAGAAAUGAUGUUUAUGUUGAUAUUGUUAAAGAAGGAACGUAUAAACAAAUAAUUACUCCAACAUUUAGAAACAUGAGUGGACACCGUGGUUAUUUGAGUAGUUGUGAAUUUAUUGAUGAAAUUCAACUAGUAACAAGUUCUGGCGAUGGGUAUUGUAUUUUGUGGGAUGUGGAAAUGGGAAGAGCUGUUCAUUAUUUCAAAAAACACAAAUCGGAUUGCAUGUCAGUUUCUGUAAAUCCAAUUGAUAGGAAUUUGUUCAUUAGUGGCUCGUGUGAUAUGAAAGUUUGCUUGUGGGAUUUGAGAAUGAAAAAAUGUGUGAAUUCAUUUAAGGGUCAUCAUUCACAUGAUAUCAAUGCUGUGAAAUUUUUUCCAAAUGGAUUGGGUUUCGUAACUGGAUCAGAAGAUCUUACCUGUAAACUAUUCGAUUUAAGGGUUGAAAGACCACUAACGACAUUCUCAAAUGAUGAACUAAAUGAGCCAAUAUCAAGUGUAUGUUUCAGCAAGUCGGGUAGAAUUCUAUUUGCAAGCCAUGGUCCAAGUAUUAUUGCUUGGGAUACCUUAACAGGAAAAAUGAAUUGUGAAAUUGCCAAACUGAAUAUCAAGUGUUCUUGCUUGGAAGUUUCUCCUGAUGGAAGUGCAUUGGCUGCAGGUUCUUGGGAUCACUUUCUCCGAAUAUUUGCUUGA